CCUUCAGUGUGUAGUAACUUAGUUGAAGGGUGUGCCACCACGAGCUUAGAGAAGAACCAGCACAUAAUCAGACGUCGAGCGAGACAGAUCAGCCUGAACUUUUGCUUUAUUUAAUUCAAUCCCAUUUGUGAUCGAUUGGAAGCAAGCCCACCCUGAUUUACACUGACCGUUUAAAGAUUCAGAGGAAACGAAGACUGAAACAUAGACAUCUUGCUAUAAAAGCUAAAAGAUGGCCGAUCAGCUGCAGAAACUUGUUGCACAGAAGAAAGAUGUCGUCGAGACCGUGAUGGAAGUGUUUGAGCAGGGCGCAGAAGUGUUGGCCAGCAUUGCUGGAGAUCUGUUCCCCGUGUUCUCCAUCGCAGCUCCGAUUGUGAAGCUGGCGCUGGAUAACGUGGAAAGCAAAGAGGCCGAGUACAUGAAGGAGCAGUUCCAGAAGGUGCGAGAGCGCCUGGAAGUUGUUUCCGAAGAGGUCCAGCAGAUAAACCAGGAGAUCAAGAAGAGCGGGAUAGACGCCACCUACUUCUCCGUGGAGGAGAACCUGACCAACCAAUUCCGCAAAUUCAUGGACGUCCUGAAUGCGAAACCUAAAUUCAGAGAUGUCAGAAAGAAAACGUUCCUGGAACACUUCAACAGGACGGGGGGCGACAAAAACUUGCACACUCUGUAUAACGCCGUAACCGGAGAUAACUUCUCAGGAGAGUCUGUUCUGGAAAUCACUCUGAAUUACGAGCAGAAGAGCCGCAGGUCGGUGGAGGAUUUCUGCGCCACGCUCAAGAAAUUGUUCUGCGUCGGUUUGAUCGCCUUACUGGGACACGCGGCGUUGAAAGGCGACGACGACGAGGAGAAGUUGCUUCAAGAUUGGAGCGAGAGGAUGAAUGUGGUCCAGUCUAAAAUGAACGUCGUGAUUGAAGACUGCAUCAACAGCUUUCCGUCGCAGGCCGAGCUGGACGCCAAGCGCAUAGUGAGGGACCAAAGCGACAAAAGCAACCAGCAACUAGCCGACAUGCUGGUAGAGCACCUGAAAAAGAAGUACGACUGGGUGUGCUGGUCAGUCCGCAUCUUCAACUCCCCCACGGGCCUGUUCACCAACAAGAAAGACUUCCAGGGAUUGACGGGAAAGAGUCGCUUUCAGGUGCCGGCGUCGGAUGACAAGCUAAACGUCAUGGUCUCCUACAGCGCCUCGCCUGAACCCGUCGAUAAAGCCCAGAUACAGAGCCUGGUCUUGGAGCAGAAGAAGAUCACGAUGACGCCGAUGGCCGAACUGCUUUUUGAGACAAUCCCUGUCUGUGUGGUCCACACUGUCAAGACCUCAUGCAAAGAUUUGGGCUUCUCCAGCAGCUUCUCGGAUGAGCUGCACUUCUUUGAAGAGUUCAAGAACUUCUAUGUCUUUCUUCAUUCUGCUUAAACUAGGCAGGGAAAUUGAAAUAACAUCUAAACAGCUGUUGGAGGAUACGCUCACACCUUUAAACCACUAUAAAGAGUGUUUAAACUCUCUAAGGUUGACUUUAAAUGACCAAAAUUAUCCUUUUUCCUAGUGUUAGCCUUUAUCGAAGUUAUAAAUGGACACUUUUAACCUAUCAAAGUUGUUUUAAACCUCAAAUUUGGGCUUAUUUGUGAGUGUAUACUGGGUGAUGGUAGCCUAUCGUUUAGGCUGGUAAGUAUAUGGUCCACAUUCCCUGACUAUGCAAAAUGUUUGCACAAAUGUGUUUAAAAAAAGUUAUGAAGAACUUAUUACUAGAUUUGACAAAGAUCUCCUAGUUUAUAGCUUUCACAUCUUUGACAAAAACACUUCUUAACAUUGAGCUUAUAAGGUUAACCUUAAUAUUUAUUUUGUUUUGUUUUAUUAAAAUACUUUAUUGUAAGUUUUUAACAUAAUGUACACAUUAUAAAGCGAGGAGCACACAACAAGAAUGAAAAAUAUUGAAUAAAUAGGCAAAUAAAUGAAAUAAAAUAAAAAUAAAAAGGUGAGCCAACAUAAGCAAAGCAGAUUUUUUUUUUAAGGGUCACAGGAAGAACUUGAGGAACGUUUGUUGUUUGUCUGAAGUAAUCAGUUUUUUUGUUUUAUUGGAAAGGAUGUAUGAUUGCUAAGUCUGAACGCAGUGUUCUGCUGAUUUUGAAUGCUUUUUUAUGUGCAUUAAAAAAAAUCUGAUGCAAUCUAUUAUUGUGCUUUAUGCUGCCUUCAAGUGCUAUCGGAAUUAUUGUAAAUACUAGUUUCUUAGGUAUAAACUGAACAUGAACACCAUCUCAAGUCAUAUUUACCACUGGGAAUCUCUGGGAUAUUUUUGAUACCCAAGUUUUCAAGUUUGGCGUGCCAUAAACUUUAAAUAUUGCUGAACGAUUGCUGCUGUCACUACUAUUGUUUAUUGACACCGCCAUGUCUUGAUGUUAAAGUGCAUUACAUACAGCUAUGAAUAGUCAUUUGAAGCGUAUUGUAUGUUUUAUACACAGUGAAAAUAGUGAAAUUGUCCGAAAACUGACUAUAUUAUGGUGAAUGUUUAUAUGAUUGUCAAAGAAUGGGAUGCUAAAUGUCAUUUUGGCUUUAAUAAGCUUUUCACAAUAAAUAGGCAAUAAUAAACAUGGUGUCGUCAAUGAUUCCUUUUCUUUACGACAACAAAGCAUAUGAAAGCAAGCUUGGAUGAAGUAGGACAUUUCUAAUAGCACGUGAAGGCAGCAUUCAUCUAUUUCAGAUUUACUGGCCUCUAAACGACAUGUAAAAACAAACGUUCAUAUGGGUAAGGUCUUGUUCUGUCUCAG